GAACUCUUUAUUCAUUUACUUUCCUCAUGUGAUGAGAACAAUCAGUUGAACUGUAUUCACCGUUCAUAAAAGGUAGACUGCAAAGAAGAUGGCCCAACCUGGAGAUCCAGUGGACUGGCAGGAUGGCCAAUCACUAUCAGAAUGCAUGAUAUAUAUGUUAGAGAAGGAAAUUAUGUGUGACGUCACUUUCCGUGUUGGAACAGAACAAAGUAUUAUCAAAGCGCACAAGUACAUGCUGGCAAGUCGGAGUCCAGUUUUCUAUACUAUGUUUGAAGGUUCUUGUCCUGAAAAGGGAGAAAUCAUUGUACCAGAUAUUAAUCCAGAUAUAUUUAAAGCUUUAUUAAAAUGUAUUUACUCAGAUAAACUGGAAGUUGCUCUUGAAAAUAUUUCCGAAGCCCUUUACGUUGCCGAAAAAUAUAUGGUUUCUACGAUGAAAAAGGAAUGUACAAGCCUGCUAUCAUCCUCUGCUGAAACAUCAAAUGCUCCAGUGGUAUUUAACAUUGCGUCUCAUUUUCAUCUCGAGUCUCUAAAAGCCAAGAGCCUCAUGCAUAUUCAGAACAAUGCAGUGGAAUGUCUGACAGCCCCAAAUGCUAUGAAAAUUUCGAAAGAAAAUAUUGAAGCGAUUCUGAAAUUGGAUUCCAUGUCUUGUUCCGAAACGAAUACGUGCCGAUUUCUUAUAAUGUGGUUAAGUCAUCAAUGUGAGGUACAGGGGAAAACAGCGUCUGGUGAAAACAUGCGAGAAGUAAUUGGCUCACUGCUGUAUUUGGUCCGGUUUCCUUUUGUUAACAAAGUAUAUUUUGCAAAAGAGAUAGCUCAUUCUGGAUUGCUGACUUGGGAAGAAGUAGUGAGUGUGUUUUCUUCCCACUAUGGUCGGAAGAAUGAAUUUUUCACAGGGUCGGUCAGACAUUCAAGAGUAUUCAACCAGCAUUACACUGUUCUCCGACAUAGAAAUAUUCUAAGAGAUUGGACUCCAUACACGGAUGUUAUAAAUUAUGAUGCUUUGCAGAUUAAGGUUAAUAAGAAUAUUGAGCUGAAAUCAGUGAUAUUAUAUGGUCCAGAUGGCGAUGUAUCUAGCUCUGACGAAAACCUGACUGUAAACAUUCUAAAUAAUAGCGGAAAUGAAAUAUUUAGUCAAAAAUAUGAGAGCUGUACUGAAAGAAGGGAAUUGCAGACAUUAAAUUUAUCAGAACCUAUCGAAUUAGAUUCAAAUAAGUAUUUUACUAUCAUUUUAGUUGGUUUAAAGUUUCAAGCGCACUAUGGGACAAAAUGCAAACCAGAAUACAAAAUAGAUGAUAUAAUUGUAACAUUUCAUAAUUCACCGAACUGUAAUACUACUACAAAGGUAGAACAAGGCCAAAUUGCAGGAAUAGAAUUCAAUGUAUAACAUUUAUAUUCAAAAUUAUAUUCUCAAUAUACAAGUAUGUGUUGACGGUUAAACCUUCAUUAUUUUACUUUACUUCGUGGAACGAUGCCGGUUUCAUGACAAGAACCUAAUGUACUCAGGAUAAAAUAGUUUAAUGAAUCAUUAUAUUUUCAACUUGCAUUUGCAAUGUUGAUAUGAAUUCGUAUUGUUUUUAGAUUUUUUUCAAACCUAUACUUUCAUACCGUUAUGUGUUGACAAUACACUUGCAAUUCAUCCAGACAUGUAUUCAUAUAACGUUAUGAGUUGACAUACAUUUGCAAUUCAGACAUAUAUUCAUAUAACGUUGUCAUGGUUAUGAGUAGACAUGUAUUCCUAUAACAUUAUGAGUAGACAUGUAUUCAUAUAACUUUAUGAGUAGACAUGUAUUCAUAUAACGUUAUGAGUAGACUUGUAUUCAUGUAACGUUAUAAGUUGACAUACAUUUACAAUUAAGCCAUGUAUUCAUAUAACAUGUAUUCAUAUAACAUGUAUUCCUAUAACGUUAUGAGAUGACAUACAUUUGCAAUGGAGAUAUGUUUUCAUAUAAGGUUAAUAAGGAUUCUCUUCACGUAAUUGGUUAUAUGGUCUUAUAUGUUUCAUACAGAAUUCUUCGUCCUAAAUAAUACCACAGCUUACAUCGUAUUCAUAUAACAUUAUGAGACAGCAUAAUCAUUAAUGUGUUGUUUGUUAUACACAAGUACUUAAAAGAUUCUUAGAUUUGUAUAUAGACAUAACUAAUUUUUACCAUAUUUAGCAAAACGUCGGUUUGUGACCUUGUUCGACGUUUUUUUUUAAUUAAAUCAUGACAA